AGCUUUCAAAAUCGUUAUUUUCCGUUCUCACCUCGUAAACACCAAAUUUGGAAACGUCUUGGGAAGACGAACGGAGGAAUCGGCGGAAGGAAAAAGCUCUCUCUCUCCCUCUCUUCAUGAAUUUCGAUCCAUCUGGUUGUUUAAGAGCGUAAUCCGAUCUGUUCUUCAAUUCGUUGAUCGAGAGAUUGGUCGGACGCUGAGAUUUGGGGAAAAUGGCGAAUAGGAUAGAUCAGGAGUACGAUUACUUGUUCAAGAUCGUUUUGAUCGGCGAUUCGGGUGUCGGAAAAUCCAACAUCCUCUCGAGAUUUACGAGGAACGAAUUCUGCUUGGAAUCCAAAUCAACCAUUGGCGUUGAAUUCGCCACCAGGACAUUGCAGGUGGAAGGCAAAACAGUGAAGGCUCAGAUUUGGGACACUGCAGGUCAAGAGCGUUACCGAGCAAUCACGAGCGCUUACUACAGAGGAGCAGUCGGGGCGCUCCUUGUCUACGACAUUACCAAGAGACAAACCUUCGAGAACGUCCUGAGAUGGUUGCGCGAGCUAAGAGACCACGCAGAUUCCAACAUUGUCAUCAUGAUGGCUGGCAAUAAAUCUGAUCUGAACCACCUGAGAUCCAUCCCUGACGAGGACGGCCGGUCUUUGGCAGAGAAGGAAGGCUUGUCCUUCCUCGAGACAUCUGCCCUUGAAGCAACCAACAUCGAGAAAGCCUUUCAGACCAUUCUGUCUGAGAUAUACCAUAUCAUAAGCAAGAAGGCUUUGGCUGCUCAAGAAGCUGCAGGUAACUUGGCGGUCCCUGGCCAUGGAACUGCCAUCAACAUUUCAGACACAUCUGAAACCAACAGAAGAGGAUGCUGUUCUACUUAGUUCUAUCCCUUUAUCCACAUUUGCUCUCCAUCAGUAUGUCAAAUAUGAUCUUGAGAAGACAAACGAGUACAGAUCAAACCAGAGGAUGGAGGAGAAGUGGGAAAUUUUAUGAACCACUAAGGCUGGAUUCGGAAUAGUUGCCUCUGACUUCCCAACAUUAUUUGACAUCAAAAUUAUCCAACAAGAGAUUACACUGUACCGUUCAUGAGACUCGGAUUCUCCUUUGGACCUUUCUUGAGUGUUGUCAUCCAUUAUAAAUGACUGUGAUUGUGGUGAAUGGCAACAUUCAAGUUUUUAAUUUUCCAAUUGUAAGGUUACUAGAUCUGAUUAGUAGUGUUUCAUAAUAAUUGGAUUGGAGAAUAUAA